GAUUUGAUUUCGGAAAUGUUGGUGGCUAUUUUAAUGGAGCUGGUGGGGAAAAGUGGAUAAGUUAAAUAGUUCUGAGAAAUGAGAUUAUUUUUGGGGAGAGUUUCUAGUGGUGUAAAAAAUUUGAUAAAUUGUAGUAUAUUUUGGGAAGUCUGGUAUUUGAUGAGAUCUGUACGAACAAAAUUGUAGCUUUUCUUCAUUUUCUGAGGAUAUUUAAUUUAUUAUAGGACGAUUGUUAUGGGAAUUCGAGGAGUACGUUACGCAACAAGUGCGGUACAGGUUUUCUUAUGGGUGUGAGGGUUAGAAAAGAAGUGGCAGGGGAUUUUUCUAAACACGUGCAGGGAGAGAAAUAGUUCGGUAAAAAUGACGCGAAAUUUCUGUUAUUUCCGAGUGAGAAUAAUAGUACGAUAAGAGUUUCAAAGGGUUCAAUAAAAGUAGGGAACGUUUCGGGAAAUUACGUAACUCGUUGCGCAGUAUUGAAGGAGUGUUCCGGAGUUUUUACGGGAUUUUUCGUAAUUUUUAUCGGGUCUGUAUUCUCGAUUGCGAAUUAGAGGAGUUCUACGUAAUUUCCACUGAAUAUUUCUCUCCGCAGCACGGGUAAACCAGAAAUAUCGGACAAAGAAAGUUGUGAAGAAAAAAAUCAGCUGUUUGGAUGGCAAUGAGGUAGUGAUGCUGAGGACGAUGAAAACGCUGCGAUUAGCAUGAUUAAAACUCAUCGCUGGGGAAUUGUUCUGUUUCUCCUUAUUCUUGAAGCACUGGAGGCUAUCACCGUUGUCAACCAGUACUCGGAGGAUGAUUAUGUGCUUGAACAUGAAGUCACCUAUGACGAGGCACUGGAGAAGGCGAGAGACCUCACUUUCCCCAAAGGUCCGAUACCUGGGUGCAGAACCUGCACGAACGAGGAGAUGACAUACUGCAAGGACGGAAGUGUCAUCAGCGAUCAUUGUUGCUGUGACGGUGGUUACCACAGAGCUUUUCCAUUUGUCCAACACACGUGUCUCGUUGGGAAAAAAGUCUGCAGAUUGAUAGCUGGAGACUGUGCUGAGUACGAGCGACUCAGGGAAUGCUGUUGCCAUUCAUACCUAGGCUCUGAUUGGAAAUAUCGAGCUGGUGGAGGUGAAGCCAUAAAACCCGCAGUCCUUAUGGUAGGACUAUCCUUGCUGUUCGGAUACCUCUGGAAGAUCAUCUGAAGCAUACCAUAUUUAUAUUAUUCCAUAUAUAUUGCAUGCUUAUAAAUAAAUAAAUUAUUUUUACAUUACCAUGA